UGCGCGUCUCGCGGGGCUGCAGGACUCUUAAUCUGGAUUAUCAUGCAGCGCGGCCAUGCUUUUCAUAAUCAGCGUGGUGAGCUGUGAUUCUCGGCAGCGCAUGACACAUCUGGACGCGGGCGGUGGGUUAUUAGGAGGUGUGUGUGCGCGCGCAAGUCAGCGCGAGCGAGCGAGAGAGAGAGAGAGAGAGAGCGCGCGAGAGAGGGAUGCACAAAUGGAGAGUGAACUUGCAGAAGACAACAGUGACCGGCGGCGUUAGUGACAUUUUAAUGCACAGAAUAAAUUGAGGUCACUCCUUGGAGCCUUGGCUGUGGGAUGUAAUGAAAAAUGGCAGAUAGUGGAAUAAAUGGGGACAGUAGAAGUGAGGCUACCUCCCACGGAACCAAGAGGCAUCUCCCUCGGGGGAUUGUGAUUCAGCUGACUGGGACAGAAGGCGAGUGGGACAGCCUGGAUGACAGCGAGCUCGUCUUCUCCCUUGACCACGAUGAGGACUACCCCCAUAUAUCGCUCUCCAAGGAGCGGCAUCUCUCUGUUGAGGAUGACAGAGGAAUGCCGUCACAAAGCUUCCACGUUCCUCUGUCCCCGUCGUCCCCUGACUCUCUGGGGAACUGCCACACCACCUGUCCUAGUUUCCUGUCGCCGGGCCCCUCCUCACCUACACACAGACCGCUUGCAAGCCUGGUCAAGUCUCUCUCCACUGAGCUGGAGCCGAAAGAGAGCUCGAGUCUUAGAGCCAAACCCUUUCUCAAUCUUGUGAAGUCCAUCUCUACCGAGCUGUCUCGCUCAGAGCCUGAGGUGUCUCAGUCAAAAUCGGACUCCCGGCUAAAUCUCCACCUUUGGAAGCAGCUGACCCAACCAAAACAGCGUAGCAACGGGGACUCUCGCACCGCGCCCCCCUCUCCCAGCUCACUCUCACCUAGUGGAGAUAAUCUGAAAGGGGGUUUCUUCAAAAUGGAGCUCGAGGACACCAAGAGGAAGCUCUCCGAGGCCGUGCACGAACCUCUGAGCAGCAUGUUCAGCAAGAUCAUGAGAGAAGAGGGCGGAGGCGGCUCCAAACACCUGUUUAAGACUCAGGGGGCUCAGCAGGGUUGCUCAAAGGUUCUGGGGCGGGAAGGCAGCACGGACACGGUUCUUUCAGAGUCUCCUGUGAGGAGCGCCAGGAAAGCAGAUGCUGACAUUUUGCCUGUGUUUGACUGGCCCUCUGUUAAACACCUUGGAAGAACUCAUCGUAUCCACUGCCCUGUGCAUCCCAGCAGGCAGCAUCACAAGGACGAGGAGCUGGAAAUAUGUACAGAUGGCGAUAUGAUGCAUGUGUUAGCCGUUAAGUCUCAGAGGCAGCUGAAACGACCACCUGUUGGUCCUCAGGACUCUUCAACACCGGGAGUCCAGGCUGUUUCUCAGCCUCCUCAACCUUUGCCACAGAAAUGUCUGUUUUGUGUGGCGGUGCUGUCUUAUGGAUACUUCAUCCUACCUCUCAGUUCAUAUUUCUCUGGCCUGGCUCUAGGGUUAGCAGUGGGUUUCUUGCUAGGACUGCUGCUCAUCAGGAUGGGUUCCUACAAGCCGGGCUGUGCAGCUCCCGCCUGCAGACCAACACACACACUGUUGGGAGAGGUGAUUCUGACAGGCAGCACUCUCAGCACAGAACCUGCUACUCUUAAGGGCUGGAUGAAUGAGAUCCACGCUUACAAUCCAGAGACCUACCAUCCCUUCCUGACUCACUCAGUGUUUGCCACCUUGGAGGGCUCCCGUCUCCGCCUGGACUCCCCCCGCACUAACAUCAGCCGCAGGGCCAGGCACGACGAGAGGGUCCACGAGGCCGCCUUCGUUAGGUCCCGCUGCUUUCAGCUGACAAACAGCAAAGUUUUCCUGCUGCCGGCAGUGUUAGCUCGGAAACGGAUGUGGAACCCAAAGUAUCCCAUCUGCAUCCAACUAGCAGGGGAUGCAAGCCUCCCCGGGGAUGGGGGGAAAAGGGCUCCGGAGAGCUGGGGAGAUGAGCUGCGGGCCGAACCCACCAGCCCAAAACAAAGGUCCCCCAAAAACGCUGACGACCCCCCCACCGUUCUUUACCUGUUUGGCCGAACGGGGAGAGAGAAAGAAGAGUGGUUCCGUCAUUUCCUGAUGGCGUCCGUGGAUCCAGAGAGGGAAAAGCAAAGGGACACGCAGAAGCCUGGGAAAUCUGUCUGCAGAUCAGGUACUGACCAUAAGGAGGAAACAAAAAGCAUUUCAUCCAGUAGUGAUCCAGGCGGUCAAGCUUUGAGCCAAAUGAGCAGCGGGGAGGAGAAUGUGCCCUCCCCACCUCCAACCAAUGCCUGUCAUGGCUCCAGCAGCAUCAGGGGCCUUUCGCUCUCGGACUACCCCAGCUAUAUGAUGCGUUUCCUGACCGCAGAGGACAUGACUCCCAUCUCUAGCCCCGGAGCCAGCAGCGCAGAGACGAGCCCCACCAUCAAAGGAAGUGUACAGUGUACCUGUGAUCUUGCUGAUCAUCCUGGGAAGAGCCAGAUGGCGUGGUUCAAUGCUGUGAUUGGUCGAAUCUUCUGGGACUUCCUGCGGGAGAAGCACUGGGCCGACGUAGUCUCCCACAAAAUUCAGAAGAAGCUUAGCAAAAUCCGACUGCCUUACUUUAUGAAUGAGCUCACUCUGACGGAGCUGGACAUGGGCUGCUCCAUGCCGUACAUCACCUCUACCUCCAGACCAGAGGUGAACCACCGAGGACUGUGGCUGGAGAUGCAGCUGGUUUACACAGGUGCCCUGCAGAUGACCCUGCAGACCAAAUUCAAUCUGUCCAAGCUUGGAAAGGAAGACAGCCAGGAUGCAGAUUGUACAACCGAACCCGGCAGCGCACGCUGCAGGCCCAUCCUCAGUGUGUUGGGAGACAGCGAUGAGGAGUCGUCCAGCGCCGGUUCAUCUGAUGAGGAAGAGCCGCUGCUCUCUGAGCUUCAUGGACAGGUUUGGGAGAAAGGCUCUACAUCAACGACUGAGGGGACGGGCGGCGGUAAGACUGGAAGGAAGAUUUUAAGAUUUAUGGACAAAAUCGCUAAGUCCAAGUACUUCCAAAGGGCAACGGAGAGCGAGUUCAUUAAGAAGAAGUUCGAGGAGAUGUCCAACAUGCCUCUGCUGCUCUCUGUAGAGGUCCAGGAGCUGUCAGGGACUCUGGUCGUCAACGUUCCACCGCCCCCUACUGAUAGGAUAUGGUACAGCUUCUGCGCGCCCCCCAAGCUUGACCUGCAUGUCCGUCCCAAACUGGGGGAGAGGGAGGUGACUUUCUGCCAUGUGACAGAGUGGAUUGAGAAGAAACUUCAGGAUGAGUUCCAGAAAGUCUUUGUGCUGCCAAACAUGGAUGACAUCUACGUACCCCUGAUGCAUUCGGGGGCAGACAGCCCUCAGGCCUCCCAGUUCCAACAGUCCUAAAGCUCUUCCACAAAGACCGCAGUGAGGAGCCCGCCAGAGAUCGCUACAGAGUAGUGCCUUAUGGUUGAUGGUCGGAGGAGAGCUGGGACUUAAGCUUGGAGACUAAAGAGUCCGAGGUUGCUUUCAAAGCAAAAGACUUUCCAAAUUUUUAGAUGUGAAUUCAUUGUAUUUGCUAUUUAUUGCUUUAUGUAUUAGCUGCUUGAAUGUUUACUACUCUGUUACUUGAUGAUAAAGCAUAUUGUUAAAUUAUCAUCAAUCAUUGAUACUUUUAAAUAAAAGCUGGAACAACAAAUAUAUUACUCAAA